AUUAUCUUCUCGAAGGUGGUCAGAGGAAUCACGAGGAGCAGCUGUUGCCAGACGCUACAACCAACUGUUCCUGAUUUCAGUUUGAAAGUUCACAUCCACGAAUCCAACAUGAUCCCUGCGCUUGUAAUUUUCUUGGCCCUCCUGUCCUGUUCCAGGUACACCGUGUCUGAAGAAUUCUAUUCGGAAAUCAUAAGCAAUUCGCAAGGCAUCUCCAACAUGUAUCGCUGGCGCCCGUACAACGUGUUUUUCGUUGGAGACCACUUCUACACGCCACUGCGAUACCCUUCGCCGAAGCAGCUCAACAACACUGUGCGACCGAACGACUUUUAUCUCUACGCACAGAGUCUGUUGAACAUGAUGACAUUUAAAUUUGAAAGGGAGAGGAACUGCCUUCUCAAAUUCAAGGUAUCAGGCACGUAUGUGUUUGGACUGCCAGAAGAAGAACUGUACCUUCCCAAGAGCAGUUCUUACAGGGGCUCACCUCCACCUGACCUUAAAAUUGUCGGCCCGUAUCUGUGGCAGUUUAUCACGGAGCAUCCUCAGGCGAUGGUUGCCGACAUCAUAGUUGUGCUAACAGGGAACCUGCUGACGAGGGAUGCAAACACCUCAUGUAAGAUUAGAAACAUUCUACUUUAUCUACUUUGGUGCGGGCUGUUGAACGAAUCACUGUUCAAUUAUAUUGAGUACUAUGCCAGGAUGUGCACGGAAUAUAAAACCAUCGUCCUCUUCGACUACCCGUUCAGCUACGGGGUAUAUCAAGACCUGUUUGUGGCACUGGAGAAGCUCAUUGGAGGGAGGAAUAAUGGUUCGUUAAGGACGGAUUGCCAACGGUACAGGGUUAACUACAAAGACGCACUAGACGGUAAGCAGGAAAGGAAAUGUUACGGCACGAGCAGCACCUGCUGCAUGCCCAGUUUCUUUGGCGUCUACGACUUCCGCGUGGAAGAAUUCUGCCGCCACCAUCGCCACCUGUACCCAGAUCUCCUGAGAACUAUGAACGUCGCAAGUGGAGGUUGCGGUAUUCGUUGCAAGGUUUACAUCAACGACAAUUAUGAAGUACGGAAGUUUGAUGGUCCGCCGGGAGUCGUGUGCCAGAACGGCUCUGAUCUAUGGGCGGCCAAUAGUUGGGGAAGUGGGUGUUCCCCUCGUUAG